AUGACGGAAUCAGCCGAUGUCAGUAAGAAACUUCACAAGUCAGUGUUGUUAUCCCAAAGCCAGGAAGUAAGCACAGGCUUCGUGGAUGUUAUAAAGGUGGCGACAGACAAGGUUGCAGAAAAGCUGAGUUCUACUCUCUCAUGGGUGAAGAACACAGUAUCAUAUACAGUCAAUCAGAUGGCCAGUCAGGUGGCAAGUCCAUCUGCUUCAUUACCCACCACAUCCUCGUCUACCACACUGUCAACGCCAGCCCUUUCACCAUCUUCCCCGUCACAGCUGAGUCCAGACGACCUCGAGCUCCUGGCUAAACUGGAGGAACAAAAUAGAUUGCUAGAGACGGAUAGUAAGUCUUUGAAAUCUGUAAAUGGGUCAAGAAGAAACAGUGGCUCCUCCCUUGUGUCAAGUUCAUCAGCCUCUAGCAACCUUAGCCACCUUGAAGAAGAUUCUUGGAUACUUUGGGGAAGAAUUGUUAAUGAAUGGGAAGAUGUUCGUAAAAAGAAGGAAAAGCACGUUAAGGAACUUGUUCGUAAAGGGAUACCCCACCAUUUUAGAGCAAUAGUUUGGCAACUUCUUUGCAGUGCACAAAGUAUGCCAAUCAAGGAUCAGUACUCAGAACUUCUGAAAAUGACUUCGCCUUGUGAAAAAUUGAUCCGAAGGGACAUUGCUAGAACUUAUCCCGAACACAAUUUUUUUAAGGAAAAAGAUAGCUUUGGACAGGAGGUUUUAUUUAAUGUAAUGAAGGCAUAUUCUUUAGUGGAUCGUGAGGUUGGUUACUGUCAAGGAAGUGCUUUUAUAGUUGGAUUGUUGCUUUUGCAGAUGCCAGAAGAGGAAGCUUUCUGUGUAUUUGUUAAAUUAAUGCAAGAUUAUAGACUUCGUGAACUUUUUAAACCAAGUAUGGCAGAAUUGGGCCUUUGUAUGUACCAGUUUGAAUGCAUGAUACAGGAACAUCUUCCAGAGCUCUUUGUACAUUUUCAGUCUCAGAGUUUUCAUACCUCAAUGUAUGCAUCAUCCUGGUUUCUGACUAUCUUUCUUACAACUUUUCCACUACCAGUUGCAACUAGGAUAUUUGAUAUCUUUAUGUCUGAGGGUUUAGAAAUAGUGUUUCGAGUAGGAUUAGCACUUCUUCAGAUGAAUCAGGCAGAACUGAUGCAACUCGACAUGGAAGGGAUGUUACAGCACUUUCAGAAGGUCAUCCCACAUCAGUUUGAUGGAGGUCCAGACAAGUUAAUCCAGGCAGCUUACCAAGUCAAGUAUAACUCAAAAAAAAUGAAAAAGCUUGAAAAGGAAUACACUACAAUAAAAACUAAAGAAAUGGAAGAGCAAGUUGAAAUUAAAAGGUUACGCACAGAAAAUAGACUUUUAAAACAACGCAUUGAAACAUUAGAAAAAGAAAGUGCUUCCUUGGCAGAUAGAUUGAUACAGGGACAAGUGACAAGAGCCCAGGAGGCUGAGGAAAACUACCUCAUAAAACGGGAACUGGCCACCAUCAAACAGCAGAGUGAUGAGGCCAGUGCUAAACUGGAGCAGGCUGAAAAUACCAUCAGGAAGCUCCAGCACCAGCAGCAAUGGCAUAAAUGCAGUUCCAGCUACAAUGAAGAUUUUGUGCUACAGCUAGAGAAGGAAUUGGUUCAGGCCCGUCUGAGUGAAGCCGAGUCUCAGUGUGCACUAAAGGAGAUGCAGGAUAAAGUCCUGGACAUGGAGAAGAGAAACAACUCCUUUCCUGAUGAGAAUAACAUUGCAAGACUUCAGGAAGAACUCAUUGCUGUGAAACUGAGAGAAGCAGAAGCUAUUAUGGGUUUGAAAGAACUUCGACAACAAGUCAGAGAUUUGGAGGAGCACUGGCAGCGCCACUUAGCUCGUACUACUGGGAGAUGGAAAGACCCACCUAAGAAAAAUGCUGUGAAUGAGUUACAAGAUGAAUUGAUGACCAUUCGACUUAGAGAAGCAGAAACACAGGCAGAAAUAAGAGAAAUAAAACAGAGGAUGAUGGAAAUGGAAACACAGAACCAGAUCAAUAGUAACCAUCUUCGAAGAGCAGAACAGGAGGUGAUCAGUCUACAGGAGAAGGUGCAGUAUCUCUCUGGGCAGAACAAAGGACUACUUACUCAAUUAAGUGAAGCAAAGCGUAAACAAGCAGAGAUUGAAUGCAAGAACAAGGAAGAAGUGAUGGCUGUGAGACUCCGGGAAGCAGAUAGCAUAGCUGCUGUGGCUGAACUACAGCAGCACAUUGCUGAGCUUGAAAUACAGAAAGAAGAAGGAAAGCUUCAAGGACAGCUUAACAAGUCUGAUUCUAACCAGUAUAUUAGGGAACUGAAAGAUCAGAUAGCAGAGCUGAAUCAUGAGCUCAGAUGCCUAAAAGGCCAGAGGGGCUUCUCGGGCCAACCCCCUUUUGAUGGAAUCCACAUUGUCAACCAUUUAAUAGGAGAUGACGAAUCAGUCCAUUCCUCAGAUGAAGAUCUCAUAGAGAAUUCCUUACGGGAGAGUGGCAUUGGUUUUCCUUUGCACAGAAAGUCUGGCGCAAUGUCUUUGGACCCUGCUGUGACAGAUGGUAGUGAAAGCGAAACAGAAGACAGUGUGGUGGAGACCAGAAAGAGCAGUCAGGUGGCUCAAAAUGAACAGCCCCCAAGGAAAAGAGAAUCGUACUCGACCACUGUCUGACCAUCACUGUGAACCUAGACUGUGGAUAUUUUUUAAGGGAUCAGUUAUAUGAUUAAGGGUUUGGGGACAGAUCUGUUUCAUAUGUACAUAUAUGUAUUUUUCAAUCUUAUCUGCCUUUUUGUCUUUGCCAAACCUUCACCACUGACUGACCAUUGCCAUAAAGUAGACUGAAAUAUGGUUAAUGUGAAAAAUAAGGAUUCUAGCAGUAUUACUGAAUAUUAAUGUUUCAUGUAGAAAAUGCAAUUAUAUCUAUAUGUGAGAACCAUUUUGAAGUUCUGAACUAUGGAAAAUUUAAUUUUCUUCAAACAAAACUGUUCUUGUGCAAUAUUUUAUGCUCAGUUAACAUAUUGUAUAUUUUAUCAAUUUGCUUUCAGGGCAGCUGUCUACAAACAUUUGACCAAGACAUACAUCUGAUUUAUUUUGUGCUUUUGUGUUUGAGGGACUUUUUAUUUUUCUCAGUUGAAAUUACUGCUUUAUUAGUGGGCCACUGAAAGUUCCCAAACACAGUGUCUUUUUUCCAUAUAUAUAUUUUAAAUACAAAUUAAUGAUUUUCUGUCUUGAGAGUUUUAAGUUUUGUUUGAAUAUCUAAUUUUUAUGUGCAUAUGAUACUUCCAUAUAUUGUUUGUCAGAGCAGUAAGUUAACUACAAAUAUAUUGGGUUUUUGUACAUAAUUUAUAAAUCUGCAUCACCCAACAUUGAACAUCAUUUUAUAUGGAGAAUGUACAUGUUGCAAAAUGACUGCCUUUUGCAUUCUAACAGGACUUCUGUAAAUACAGAGUUAAAAGGAAAUUGAAAAUAAAACCAAACACUAAUAUUUUAAUAGCUUUAGUAUUUUGCUUAGCAUUCAACAGCAGCAGAUUCAUAACUGGUUGCUUGUUCAAAAACACUAUUGGUGAAGUCUUUUAACUUCAUAUGUAUGAAACUAAUAAAUUGUCCAUGAUUAAAGAGGUUAGAGCACACAUUACUUAGUGCUAAUAUUCUGCUUAAUAUAAAUUAAGCAAUGGACUAAAGUCCAAGAUACACAACAAUAAUAUCUGCAAAUAAUCUAUGAGUAUUAUCUUCAGAUUCUCUAAUUACUAAUCUAUAGAUAAAGCCAUAAGAGUUCUUUCCUACCAAUUCUUCCUAUUUUUUUAAAUCAUCUAGACUUUUUUUUCCUAGGAAAAUUACACUUACACUAUGGAAAAGACAACAAGAAUGUGUUAACUGGAUGCUGUCCACUCUUAUUUUCAGCAGCAGCCUAUGAAAAAUAGCCUUGGAGGGUAAAAGGGGUAGGUAGAAUUCAGUAUAUAUGGAGAUAUAAUUUUGCACAAUAUGUUACAAGCAGAAAAUAUAUAUAUUACAGAAUGGCAUAUAAGAGGCAAAAUUAGUUUUCUGUCUAAAGCCAGGAGUUAAGCCUUAUGCAUCUCCAUGGACUAGGUUCCUCCAGCAAGCCUUUUGUAGCUAUUCGCUUGGGAAAGGAGAUUGAAAAGAUGCAUCUGUGUCUGUAGCACCAGGUUAAAUUCUAGUGGUUAAGUAAUGUACUUGUGGUCACAAGUUAGUAAGUAGCAGAGCCACGAUUGUCAUUCAGAUCUCUCUGACACCAAAACAUUUGAAAAGGUUUAGCUAAUGAAUUCCUCGAUUCCCAGCUUUUCUGACCAAUUAAUGUGAUUUUAAAUAAGUUUAAAUCACAUUUCACAGCUUGUGAGUGUAGAUAUUACUACUAGAAUUGCCUGACUGGUGCUUUGGGGGUUCAUCACUGUCAGCCUAGAGGCUGUUGAUGCCUAAGUGAAAUGGGAUGAUUCAUGGCCACAUGAUUGCUUUGACACCCACAUCAAGAAAUCUGAAUGAUCUAGACCACAGGUCAGCAGCUAUGAGCCAAUUCCAGCCCGCUGCCUGUCUUUACAUGACCUACAAGUGAAGGGUAUUUUUUUACAUUUUCAAAUAAUUGAAGGGAAAAAAUCAAAAUAAUAUUUUGUCACAUGAAAUAUAAAUUUCAAAUUUUAGUAUUGAUAAAGUUUUAUUGAAUACUCAUUUUUAUCCAUUAUUUAUUGUCUGUGGCCACUACUAUUGUGUUACAUGGCAAAGCCGAGUAGCCUAAAUCAUCUACUGUCUGGCUCCUUAGAGAAAAAGUUGGCUGACCCUUGAUGUAGAUACUGUAAAAUGUAAGCUAGCUUCUUCAGUUUGUGUCAAUAAAAAAUCGGACCAUUGGCUUUUGCUGUUGAGGUAAUAGUUUAGAAACCUAAAAUUUCUUAGUGGAUCUUGUACUCAGAACUAUUCAAAAUGAAAAGUGUGCCAGCUGUUUUAUAUCAUGAAGUCUUUGACGCCAUAGACAAAUUUGGAAGGCUAUCUGUACCUUUGGAAAUGGAGAAAGAAAGAAUCCAGAAUCCCAGCUCUGCUCGUUAAAGUACGAGUGAUUGGCCUUUAGGGUAAGCUUCAUGGAGUCAGUGUUAUCAUUUGACUUUAAAAGAAAGAACACCUUUCUGUAAUCAUGUUUGAAUUCUUAACUUCAAAAGAUAUUCUUAGAGAAUUUCCUAAGUACUGUUUCUGGUUAGGAAUUAGGUAUUAAAAGAAUCAUGGUAAGUAAACUUUAAUCCGUUAAUACUCUUGUAAUUUGGACAAUAAAAAAUGAGAAACAGUCUUCCCAUUCAAGAUGUUCAAUUCAGAUAGUCCUUAGAAGAGUUCAAAAUCUUCCUGACCUUUCGGAUGCAAUAGUAUACUAUGCUCUGAUUUUACUCCAUUUCAUUCAAAUUAAAACUUAGAGACAUUAGACAGUGUUUUCUUGAUAGAUUUUAAUUAGCGUCUAGUAUUUUGUCAUUUAAAUGUUAUUCAGUUAAACAGAGUUGAGGAAUAUUGGGGCAGGGAGGAAGUGAAUGAAAUAAAUAUUUAAAAUUUUUUUAGAAUGUACUCCCUUGGUCUAGUCACCUUCCUAGUGUCAUUGCCAUCCUAGGCUGAAAGGCUGAGAGUAGAGGCUUACAAGUGAUCUGAAUAAAAUGGAAAUUGCAUUGAGGUAAUGAAACAGAACUUUUAGAUCAAAAUAUUUCAACAGCCUUUUAAAAAAUUAGUAGUAAAUUUUUCAUCCUGGAAAAAGUCAAAGAUGCAAUUUUCACAAUUUCUGCGUUUUUAUUGAUAAAUAUUAGGCACUCAGUGUUUGAUGACUUAAUUGAGACAUCAAAUCCCAACUAACUGGCUGGCUACUUUGGAAGAAAAAAAACCCCAACAACUUUUCUUGGCUCGAGAUGCAACUUGUUACUCUCCAGAUAGUGCCUUUGAUUGAAAACAAGGUCUAGACCUUUUAAAAUAUUUUAUUUCUGGCAUAAGAAAUUAUUUGGUUCCUCAGUUAUCCUUUAUCUUUUACAUAAUGCACUAUAAUCUUCAGCUUUAAAUAAGGAAGGUAUAUGAAUCGCAUUUUGGUAAACCCCUUUUAUGCCAGCUUGAUUAUUGUAGAAGUAGACUUCUACAGCUAACAUUUCACAAAUCAGUGAUUUACUUUUAUCGGAACAUUGAGCUUUAGCAAGAAAGUUCUUGAUGCUCUAUCAUUAACAAAACAGUAAGUUUUAAAAAUUAAUUUUAAGUAAUUUAAUUCAUUCUACUGAAAUUAAAAUUUCUGGUUAAAAGUUAAGUGGAUGCUAUUUAUAAUCCAAGUUUUUACAUCACAUCCAUUGAUCUACCUGUUCCCUCUUUUCACUCCAAAGAAGACAUGAUAGAAUAAUACAUUAGGUAUACUAUAGAGAUGCAGAAUUAUAAUGUAUUUCAUUUUACUGUUGGAAUUUCUUAUUGUAACAUUGUAUGAUAACCCGAAAUAUUUACUUGUGCCUUUGCUUUAAACAAUUAAAGUUUUUCAUUUUAUAAGAA